AGCCAACUAACCUAGUUAUCGCCAUAACGCCCACGUCGAUGCAGUUUGCGAGGAUGAGGAUGAGGAUGAGGAUGAGAAUGGAGUGAUAAUAAUAAUAUAUUAUUCUUCACUUAGCUCAGGGGGAGCCAGACAAGUCUACGAAUAAUGACCUAACCGACGAAAACUAUUCUUAGUUCAAAGAGAGUUUCGAGUUCAGUCUAGAUCCUCUCGGCAAACUGGAGAUGGGAUCAAUUCACGCUUUACUUAUUGUAGGGGUCCGUGCCUAGUGGUCGUCCCAGGAAGGAUUCUCACGAUAGGCUUACUCGAAAAGCCCCAUUCGAUCUAUGCGUAGGAAAUUAACAAAAUUCUUAUUGUAUAGUACGGGCAGCGCAGGCAACAGAAUAUCGUCGCAUCGUCGCAUCGCCGAUUUAGGGUCGAUUAAGAGUCGAUUCAAGAGAGGACUAACUUGGCCAGGUCAUUGCACGUGGAAAAUCAAAAGUGGCCGGGGGCAUUCCUAAGGAAACACCAAGAAUGAGAAUGCAUCGUUACACCAUCGGGCACCUUAACAUCUUUUUUUGCAGCUUGGUCACGACUAUUACUGGUAGCAGUCGCAGAGUCUCACCCGGAGUCAACGGUAUUGAUUUUAGCAACAAGUGCAACCACCUCAACUUGCCAUCGUCAGUCAUUCCCAUUCUCAUCCUCAUUUCCGUUCCCAUGGCGUGGCAUCUAUUCUCGGUACGCGAGCCUUCGCGUAGGCUAUGCGACAUUCGCUCGGUUAACCAACCUUGCCCUAAGUGCCGGUAUGGGUACUAGGCAAUCGUCAAACGUUCGAUACAUAAUGCACCAUACCCCUUAUUCUCACGGAAACAAUUGACCUAUCCGAUGACGCCGGUGUUUCACCGUCGAGAUAUUAUCAAUAUAUGACUUUGCAGACUUAUGAGCUGGCUCGUCGUACGAAAGAAACUGCUCGUCGUCUAUAGGCCGGGAUAAUGCUGGGUGAACAGCGGAGAAGGAAAGGCCUCGCACUGAAUCGGACGAUAACCCUGGAGAUGUUACGGGGUCGCGUCGCGCAGGCCUACGAUAAAUGCAUUGCAUCACAAGCUAGAAGAUAGCUAGGAGAUAGCGAACAAGUGUUCGAUAUCUCUCAGCUGAGAGUUCCAACCAAGCUGUUCUAGCGAAAGUGAUAAGAUCGCGAGUUGCGCUGAAGAUACGUUACGUCGUUUACCGGUCCCUGAAGAUGACUAGCAUAAACGUGCAGCUGUCACCUGCAAAGUGACCUAAGCUAGUGAGUUGGAGAGUUCAUGAUAUGGACGUGGCCCGAAUCAGCAUCGUCUUCCGAGAAGCUUGAUUUUGGAUAGGUAUUUUUCUAUCUUGCAAUGUUUUCUCGUCUCUUUCACA